CUCGCUUAUCCUGCGCCUCACAAAGAGCGGCCAACACUGCUAUUCAUGGAUUCCAGGCUUCGUGCCCGCCCGGAUCUGCCAUGCGCCGCCUGCCGGACGCUUCACCGGAAGUGCAGUCAUGACUGCAUGUUGGCUCCCUACUUCCCGGCCGACGAGCCCGAGAAGUUUGCGAGCGUCCACAAGGUGUUUGGAGCCAGCAAUGUGAUCAAACUGCUUCUAAUGGUGGAGGAAGGAAGACGAGAGGAUGCAGUAAAAAGUAUGGUGUACGAAGCCUAUGCAAGGCUUCGAGACCCUGUCUAUGGAUGCACCACUGCCAUCUCCUACUUGCAGAAGUGCGUGGAAGAUCUUAGGGGGCAGCUGAGAACAACCAGAGAGAAAGUCCUCGAGUCACAGGAACAAAGAGAUCGACUGUUGAGAGUUCUCAUGGACGACCCCUACCUAAAGCCAACCCAUCUUCCUGCUGGCGGCAUGGUGUGCGGCAGUGGCGGCAGCUUCAUGCUCGACAACAUGAUCCAUGAUGGCCAUUGCGGAACUUUCGCGGAGAGCUGGCCAAUGAUAUGAAGACCUGCCGUUCAAUCUUAAUUACUCUAGGUUGAGAUGGCCGAGUUGGUCUAAGGCGCCAGAUUAAGAGGUUCUGGUCCAAAAGGGCGUGGGUUCAAAAAUCCCACUCUCAACGGUUACAAUUUUAGUAAUGCUAGCUAUCAAGUAUUACUCCUUAAUGAUAUAUACUUCCAAGUAAAUCCAGCUGACAGAAAUAAGUGCUGAAAAAAAUUGAACUAGGAUGGCAGGCUUUUAUCCUUGGAGAAGGUUGGUGAGGAAAAAUAAGUGAUGAACUGUAAUAUCACUAAGCAUUCGAGAUGGAUGGCCGCCCAUAAAACUCACAUUAGAGAAU